AGCGAUGUCUAUGGUUGUUGAUUCUUCUGAGUUCUUGCGUCAUCCGGUAUCAUCUCUGCACUUUCGGCUCCUGUCCUAAGAUCUCGUCCACGAGCCUGCAAGCCUGCGGGCUGAAUCAGUACUUGAUCGGCUCUUGCAAACUGCACCGUGACUUCGGCACUUGGGGCUUGUGGUAGGCUUAUCCUCUGCCACACCAUCCGCCAUGGGAGUCUUGCGAUCGUGCAACAGUGGUAGCGACCUCCGCGGCGCGGGGAUGCCUUCGCAUCAUUCCGCCCUCAAUGACGACUUGGAGCCAGCCGGAAUGGAGAUUCCAGUUGAGCAUGCCCACAAUGGGAGCCCUCCACGGUCCUCAGUAUUAGAUCCAACCGUGUCCGGCGGCACCAGUUAUCGGACUCCGAGCAGGUCUUUCUUCCAUCGGUCAUUUCAUAACUCUGCAGAUCCGGCUCAUUAUUCGUCCCAUGGUAUGCGAGAACAAACUGCCGAACUGGCAUCCUUCGCCUUGUCGCGUGAAUCGAACACACUUCCCUCUACGCUCGACGUCUUCCGCCCCCCUCGCGAAUCGUCGCUUUCUUCGACCCCGACUCCGAUUGCAACGGCUGCAGCAAGGGCUCAUCUUGAGGCUGGCCCUUCCUCCAUUCCGACGACCGGCUCCUCGGUGCUGACACAACUGAUCCGACACCCUGAUAUCCCGGAAUCAAGCCAGACUGAGCAUUACCACUCUGAAGAGUGGGAGAGAGCAAGUGACAGUACCGUCUCCCAAGACGAGCUUCCGGUCGUCACGGCCGGAGAGACUGUGAGCACUGAGCAGACUUCAUUGUUAUCUAAGCCGUCACACCCAAAGCCAUAUCAAGGCUACGGCGCUACAGGUGAUAUCGAAAACCAGGGGUAUGCGGGAACGAAGGGACCGAGCGCUUUUUCCAGUGCCUUCUCGAGUGCCACUACUUGUUUCCGACUCAUAGCCAACCCGAAAUCGUGGGACAAACAGGCCGUAUGGCGCGAGGGGGUCAUUUAUCCCCUCAGUCUGUUGCCAUCGGUAUUCCUCGGUCUGUUGCUCAACAUACUCGAUGCUUUAUCUUACGGAAUGAUCCUCUUCCCAUUGGGUGAGCCGAUAUUCUCUGACCUUGGAUCGGACGGUAUCUCCAUGUUCUACGUAAGCACGAUUAUCGCUCAGCUCGUUUUCUCUUGCGGGGGCUCUAUAUUCCGUGGCGGUAUCGGCAGUGAGAUGAUCGAGGUUGUGCCUUUCUUUCACCAGAUGGCUUUCACAAUCUUGAAUCGAGUUGGAGCGGAUAACCCGAAGUCCGUCCUAGCUACCACUAUUCUGGCGUUCUCGGUCAGUUCGAUUCUGACGGGCCUUGUCUUCUUCCUUAUGGGGACUUGCAAGCUAGGAGCCUUGAUCGGGUUCUUCCCAAGGCAUAUUCUUAUUGGAUGCAUCGGUGGUGUGGGCUUUUUCCUCUUGUUGACCGGUCUCGAAGUAUCAGCUCGACUGCCGGGAUCCUUCGAGUUCACCUUGGCAACAAUGGAGAAGUUGGUGCAAUUGGACACAGUAUUUCUUUGGACGGUGCCCUUGUUCCUCGCGGUCGGCUUGCUUGUUUUGAAGCGUUUUCUGCAUUCUAAUUUCCUGCUUGGUGGCUAUUUUAUUUGCGUGGCUGUCGUAUUUUAUAUGGUUGUUCUCAGCGCUGGGGUCUCUAUGGGGUCUCUGCGCAACAAAGGAUGGGUCUUCGAUGCGCCGUCCUCUUCAAAUCCGUGGUAUCACUUCUAUACCCUUUAUGACUUCUCUGCUGUUGACUGGGCCGCGUUCGUCGACACGAUUCCAGCUAUGUUCGCGCUCACUUUCUUCGGCGUCCUGCAUGUACCCAUCAAUGUGCCUGCGCUGGGCAUAUCGACGGGCGAGGAUAAUCUCAAUGUGGACCGUGAGCUCAUCGCGCAUGGCGUCACCAAUGCCUUGUCCGGCUUCUCGGGCAGCAUACAGAACUACCUUGUAUAUACUAAUAGUCUGUUAUUCAUUGACAGUGGUGGGAACUCCCGUUUAGCAGGUAUCAUGCUCGCAGCUGCGACUGCUGGUAUCCUCGUCGUCGGCCCGGCGAUUGUCGGCUUUAUUCCGGUCAUGGUUGUCGGUGCUCUCAUCUUCCUGCUGGGAAUUGAGCUGAUGCAAGAGGCCUUGGUGGACACAUGGGGGAAAUUGCAUCGGCAUGAAUACAUCACGGUUGUCAUCAUCGUUGCAACUAUGGGCGCCUGGGAUUUUGUUGUUGGUAUUCUUGUUGGUAUCAUCCUCGCCUGUCUAAGCUUUGUCGUGCAGACUUCUCGCAAGUCUGCUAUCCGUGCGACUUUCUCGGGCGGGAUUACGGGGUCUACAGUCAGACGUCCUCCUAUCCAGCAGCGGUUCCUCAAGGAAGCCGGACAGCAGACCCUUAUCAUCAAACUUGGCGGAUAUCUCUUCUUCGGUACCAUCGUGAGCGUUGAGAACACGAUGAGAGGAUUGAUUGAGGAAGAGGCAUUCAACCGACGGCCCAUCCGAUUUCUAAUCCUUGACUUCUCCAGAGUUUAUGGCAUCGAUUUUUCCGCGGCCGAGGCAUUCACCCGCAUCAACCGCAUUCUUAGCAAGCGGAACGUUCAAAUGACCAUUUCUGGUCUCGACGUGGAAGGAGAGGUGGGACGUAGUCUCCAGAACGUGGGCUUAUUUGAGGCUGUGACAGGGGUGGAAAUUUUCGAGGAUUUGAACUCGGCGCUCGAGUUCUGUGAGAAUGACUAUCUGAAAGUGUUCUAUAGCCACAGGGAGGCGUUAUUGAGAAGACAGCACGGAACAGCUACAAGCUUCUUGGAAGUUCCCGCCCCGCAAGCACCAUCCCACCUGGGUGACACGAUGGUCAGUUCUCCUCGCCAGCGAUACCUACAGCAAGCCGCAAGGAGCACCCUUCGCGAAGACGAAGUCGCAGUAGUCGCACCGGCAGCAUGGUCUGCCAUGCGUCAGCCGCUCCCGCUGCUCCUCCAGACCUUCCAGGGGAUUACCUCCCGAAACGAGGAUUUCUGGUUUCCAGUGUGCGCCUAUUUCGUGCGAGAAAGCUACGCGGCAGGCACGGUCCUGUUCCGUGAAGGCGAUAUUCCUAUGGGAUUCUAUCUUCUGGAGUCCGGGAUGCUUCGUGCCGAGUACGAACUACCGCAGGGACGAUACUUUGAAAUCAUUGUGGCUGGACGGCCGUGCGGCGAGCUGCCCUUCUUCAGCGAGACCCGCCGGACAGCGACCGUCAAAGCCGAACAGGACUGCGUGAGUUGGUGUUUGAACAUGGAGAAAUGGCAGGAGCUACGUGAGAACGAGCCGGAGAUUGCAAGGGAGCUUCUGACGGUCAGUCUGAAAUUGACUACGGAGCGGAUGGACAGUAUUACUUCUUACGUUCUCACAACAGCGGCCUGAUAGCUGUUUCGACUGGUACUUGGGAGUACUGGUUGGUUCCGCCUAAAAUGGCAUGUUUUGGUAUAUUUGUUUUGCAUAGCAUGUUGGUGGUUGACCUUCUUACUACAUAUUGUAUAAUGGUUGUGAAGCGUGUGUAUGUAUGUGUGUCGGCUG